GUCUUCUUCACCUGCUCUCCAUUCCUUCUUUCGUCUUGAGAGAAAGAAACUUGUUUUGACAAAGAGAGAGAUGGAAUAUUCUCUUCAGGCAUCCAAUCUCGCUCUAUCAACUUUGAUAGUUCUUUUGCUCUCUGUUUUGUGGAGAGUGGCGUUUAGGUGUUGGAUUUCACCUGCAAGAGCUUAUCAGAAGCUCAAGAGAAAUGGAUUAAGAGGGCCUUCUCCGACUUUCCCUCUCGGCAAUCUCAUGGACAUGAAAAAGGCCAUACAAGAUGAAUCUUGUUCUGUGAAUUCUAGUGAUGAAUCUUCGAAAAUCAUCUCUCAUGACAAACACUCCACGGUCCUCCCCUACUUUGCUCGCUGGCAAAAAUCGCACGGGAAAGUGUUCAUGUAUUGGCUAGGCACAGAGCCGUUCUUGUACAUUGCAGAGCCAGAGUUUCUGAAGCAAAUGUCGAGUGGUGUAAUGGGAAAGAGUUGGGGAAAGCCCAGGGUGUUCAAGAAUGACAGAGAACCCAUGUUCGGGAACGGACUGGUCAUGACCGAGGGUGACGAAUGGGUCCGUCACAGGCAUCUCAUCACCCCAGCUUUCUCUCCUGCAAACCUCAAGGGAAUGGCAAGUUUAAUGGUGGAAUCAGCCAACAAAAUGCUAGAGAAGUGGACAGCUCUUGUAAACUCUGGAAACCCGGAGAUCGACAUUGAAAGAGAGAUCGUAUCAACGGCGGGGGAGAUCAUAGCCAAGACCAGCUUCGGCAUUAGCCACGAAGAUGGCAAGAAAGUUUUCGAGAAACUGCAAGCCAUGCAGGUGACUCUCUUCAAGACAAACCGUUUUGUGGGUGUGCCUUUCAACCAAUUCAUCGCCCCCAAAAAAUCCAUGGAGGCAAAAAGGCUGGGGAAAGAAAUCGACGACCUACUAAUGUCGAUCAUCAAUGAUCGCAAGGCCGGCAUAGGGGCAAAUAACCGAAAGGACUUGCUCGGGCUGUUACUCGAAGGGAACAGCGGGAAUGGAAGAACAGGGAAGAGUUUGACGACGAGAGAGCUGGUGGACGAGUGCAAAACCUUCUUCUUCGGGGGUCAUGAGACGACGGCAUUGGCUCUAUCGUGGACGUUGCUGCUUUUGGCCAUUCAUCCUGAGUGGCAAGAUCAGCUCAGAGAUGAGAUCAAACAAGUGGUUGGUGAUAACAAAGAGAUUGAUUCAACCAAGAUGGCCGGACUAAAGAAGAUGGGAUGGGUCAUGAACGAAGUUCUGCGGCUGUAUAGUCCAUCACCGAAUGUGCAAAGACAAGCGCUAGAGGAUAUUAAAGUCUACGACAAGGUGAUCCCCAAGGGAACAAACAUGUGGAUCGACGUGGUGUCGAUGAACCACGACCCCACUUUGUGGGGAGACGACGUGAACCAAUUCAAGCCGGAGCGGUUCAAGGAGGACUCGCUCUAUGGCGGGUGCAAGCACAAGAUGGGGUUUUUGCCAUUUGGGUUUGGAGGGAGAAUGUGCAUCGGCCGGAAUCUGACCAUGAUGGAGUACAAGAUUGUCUUAACCCUAAUUCUCUCCAAGUUCUCCUUUUCUGUUUCACCAAGCUAUUGCCACUCUCCUUCCGUUAUGCUCUCUCUUAGACCUUCCCAAGGCUUGCCUCUCAUAGUCAAACCUCUUUAGGAUACUCAGCAAUGAUACCUCUUUUGGUUAAGAGUAAUAAUAUAGGAUCUGAUGUACUUGCCGAUAGCAAUAUCAGGGAUAUACACAGGGUCUAUAAGCUCAGCUGCGAGUAUUCAUUGUAACGUUAUGUAUUCAUAUUUUAUCAUGGGACCGA